GAAGUGUGUGUUUCACUUAUUCAUCCAAAGAAAUCUCUGCACCUUUAUGUGUCACUGUUGGGUUCUUUCGGCAAGGAGAGGGUUACUUUCUUUUGCUCCUUCCCUUCCUAGUCCCACUUCAGCUGUUGUUGAGAAAUGGAAAAGUUGUCAGGUUUAAGCCAUCUCUUCAUGACAAUAUUUCUGCAUCAUUUCUCAACGUUUAUGGUGAUCCCUGCCAUUACUGAUGUCACAAUGUCGGCCUUAUGCCCUGGAAGAGAUGAGUGUUCUUUGGCCAUUUACCUAACCGGAUUCCAACAAGCGAUUAUAGGGCUUGGGACGCUGGUAACGAUGCCUUUGAUAGGGAACAUGUCGGACAAGUAUGGUCGGAAAGCUUUGCUUACUGUUCCAAUGAGUCUUAUAAUAGUUCCCUCAGCCAUACUGGCCUACAGCAGGACCAGGAACUUCUUUUAUGCGUAUUAUGUCGUCAGGACUCUCGUGUCCAUGGUCUGUGAAGGAAGCGUCCAAUGCCUCGCUCUCGCCUAUGUUGCAGACAAUGUUCCGGAGAAUCGGCGAGCCUCGACGUUUGGGAUUCUUACAGGCAUUGCAUCCUCCGCUUUCGUAUGCGGAAACCUCUCCACUCGUUUCCUCUCCACCUCCUCCACCUUCCAGGUUUCUGCCUUAGUGGCAAUCGCAGCUCUAGUGUACAUGAGGUUUUUUCUUCAGGACUCCAUCAUCGAUGAACAACUCUCUACGCCAAUACUAACAAAUAAGGGGGACGGGAAAGGAAAAGGAAAAGCUAAUGCUGCAUGCUGUGCACGUGAAAUUCCAAGCAAAAACGUGCAGGUUUUUAAAUCAGCACCUUCCUUGGAGGAUAUGCUCUGCUUGCUUAAGAGCAGUGUGACCCUUUCGCAAGCUGCUGUUGUUGCAUUUUUCUACAGUCUUGCGGAAGUUGGCCUUCAUGCUUCAUUAAUGUACUAUUUGAAGGCGCAAUUUCACUUUAGCAAGGAUCAAUUUGCUGAUUUGAUGGUGAUUUCUGGGAUUGCAGGGACCGUUUCACAGUUGGUUAUUAUGCCUUUAUUGACUCCUGCUCUUGGAGAAGCAAGGCUGCUUGCAGUGGGGCUCUUUUUUACCUGUGUACAUGUGUUUCUUUACAGCAUAGCGUGGACCUUCUGGGUACCUUAUGUUGCUUCCAUGUUCUCUCUUCUGUUUGUGUUUUCACAACCAUGUAUGCGAAGCAUUGUGUCGAAGCAAGUAGGAUCCUAUGAGCAGGGGAAGGCUCAGGGGUGCAUUUCUGGAAUAAGUUCCUUCGCCAAUGUCAUUUCUCCCUUGGUUUUCUCUCCUUUAACAGCUUUAUUCCUCUCUGAAAGGGCGCCGUUCCCCUUCCCUGGUUUCAGUAUUAUGUGCGUCGGAUUUGCAUCGAUGAUAGCCUUCAUUCAGAGUCUCAUGAUGAGGACCGCUCCUCCCAUUGCAAAUCAAAAGGUCGUUAAUGCCAACUAUGUGGAUGCCUAGUUAUUAAAAAGGUUUCUCAAACAACAGUCAUAGCUUCUCUGUUUUAAGCUGAGCCCUAGUGUUUUAUAUCUUAUCCUCAAAACCUCCCUGGUAUAUUUGUUUAUGGGGAGCACUAGAAACCAAGAUUGGAAUUUCUAGAAUCGAAAGUCUCGUCUAGCUACAAUGGAUCCAUGCCAAAUGUAAGUGCCAAACCAUUUCAUCUCCAGACCUGAACCUCCAAGAGUAGACAGCAAGAUGCCAGAGCUUAAAUUCUGGAUGGCAUUAGUGUCAGGUGUUGACAGUGUAGUUUGUAUUAUUAUAUAGGGUCCGUGUAUCGCUUGCCCGAAAAGUAACAAACAACUUAAUAUAUGGGAAGCAAUGUAUACUUUUUUUUUCAUGUGCACUGUUCUCCGAGGAAGAAAGGGAGAUUUGUAAAGUGUAAACGGAUUGUUGGUGUUAAGCCAAAUAUAAACUAGUUUGGCUCCCUGCAAGCAGAUUCUGGGACCCGUGAUCUCGACG